AUGCUUUCAAGAGUUUCACAGAAAUCUAUGUCUAAUGCUCUUAGACAAUCCGUUCACUUAAGAAGUGCAACCAUUACUCCAACCAAGAGAUCAUUUACUUCUUUAAUCGGACAAACUUCAUAUAUUAAUGCACAAACAUCAUCAUUAAAUAAUUCUAUUUAUCGUCGUUGGGCAUCUACUUCUGUACCUGUACCACCAAUGGCAGAAUCCUUAACUGAGGGGUCCUUAAAAGAUUAUACAAAAGCUGUAGGGGAAUUUAUUAAAGAAGAUGAAUUGCUAGCUACUAUCGAGACUGAUAAAAUUGAUAUUGAGGUAAAUUCUCCUGUAUCUGGUACUAUCACUAAAUUAAAUUUCCAACCUGAGGAUACUGUUACUGUUGGUGAUGAAUUAGCACAAAUUGAAGAAGGUGCUGCACCAGAAGGUGGUGCCGCUCCUGCUACUAGCACCCCAACUGAAGCCGCCAAAGAGAAGGCCCCAACUGAAACUGCUAAGGUAACAUCAUCAAGUCCAGCAGCUCCAAAGAAAGAGGCUCCUGCUGCAGCUCCAGCUUCAACUCCUAAGAAGGAAACUCCGGCUACUUCAUCUGCAACUGACUCAUUCACACCAUUCGCUCGUAACGAAUCUCGUGUUAAAAUGAACCGUAUGAGAUUAAGAAUUGCUGAGAGAUUAAAGGAAUCUCAAAACACAGCUGCAUCUUUAACAACUUUCAAUGAAGUUGACAUGUCUGCUCUUCUAGAGAUGAGGAAAUUAUACAAGGAUGAGAUUAUUAAGAAAACAGGUACUAAAUUUGGUUUCAUGGGUUUAUUCUCAAAAGCCUGUACUUUAGCUGCAAAAGAUAUCCCUGCUAUUAAUGGUGCCAUCGAAGGUGACCAAAUUGUCUACCGUGAUUUCACCGAUAUUUCCGUUGCUGUCGCAACACCAAAGGGUCUUGUUACCCCAGUGGUUCGUAAUGCUGAAUCCCUAUCGGUAUUAGGCAUUGAAGAUGAAAUUGUUAGAUUGAGUCACAAGGCUAGAGAUGGUAAAUUAACUUUAGAAGAUAUGACAGGUGGUACAUUCACAAUCUCAAACGGUGGUGUUUUUGGUUCCUUAUAUGGUACCCCAAUUAUUAACACUCCACAAACUGCUGUGCUAGGUCUACAUGGUGUUAAAGAGAGACCAGUCACUAUCAAUGGCCAAAUUGUCUCCAGACCAAUGAUGUAUAUGGCUUUAACUUACGAUCAUAGAUUAGUCGAUGGUAGAGAAGCUGUUACUUUCUUGAAAACCGUCAAGGAAUUGAUCGAAGAUCCAAGAAAGAUGCUGUUGUUUUAA